CUUCCAACAUCAAAUCACAAACAAACAACUCCUCUAGGCUCUAAUUCUUCUUCUACUUACUACUUCAAAACUUCUUAUAAACCCUAAAAUUUCAUUCUCCUUCUUCAACUUUCUACAAUGGCUUCUUACACAGUUGUAUUGAUGCUUGUGGCUACACUGUUGGUUAGUUCCACUAUUGCUCAAUCUCCUUCAUCAUCUCCAACCAUAUCACCCGUUGCCACUCCACCCAAAUCCUCUCAGGCACCAUCUCCUUCCGCUGUCUCACCGGUGGCAUCUCCUCCCGUACCUGUGAAGAACGCUCCUUCUCCUUCCCCUCCUGCUUCCUCUGACUCUCCCGCUGUUUCUCCUGCUGUUACUCCAUCAUCCAUCUCUACUACUCCUUCUGAAGCACCUUCACCUUCAGACAACUCCGCCGCCGCUUUUAACAGAUUCACCGUUGCUGGAUCUGCUGCUGUUAUGGUUUUCGCCGCUGCUUUGAUGAUGUAGAGAGUUCAUCUGAGUUUUUUUUUCUUUGAUUUAUUUUGUUAUUAAUCACGAAUUCACAUGGAUCGUGAACUCUUUUGUUGCUCUGUUUCGAUCUGUGUGACUACCAUUCAUUCAUUUUAUUAUUUUCUGUAAUCUAUUGAUUAUUAUUUUAAUGAGAGUGAUACUUUUUAUUCUUUUCAA